AUGGGAGAAGAAAAGGAAGACGUAACAGUGACAUGGCAGAAUUUGUGGGUUACUGUUGCAGAUGGAAACAAGAGGAAACCAAUUCUGCAGGGUCUCACCGGUUAUGCUCAACCGGGGAAGCUUUUGGCCAUAAUGGGUCCUUCUGGCUGUGGCAAAUCCACACUUCUUGAUGCCUUAUCAGGGAGAUUAAGCUCUAGCGUCAAACAGACGGGUAAAAUUUUAAUCAAUGGCCACAAACAAGCACUGGCUUAUGGAACUUCGGGAUAUGUAACACAAGAUGAUGCUAUGCUGUCAACUUUGACUGCUGGGGAAACUUUAUACUACUCAGCUCAGCUCCAGUUUCCAGAUUCCAUGUCCACUUCUGAGAAGAAGGAACGAGCUGAUAUAACACUGAGGGAAAUGGGACUCCAAGAUGCCAUUGAUACAAGGGUUGGAGGAUGGGGUUCUAAAGGCCUAAGUGGUGGACAAAAGAGGAGACUCAGCAUCUGCAUUGAGAUCCUAACACGCCCAAAGCUUCUGUUUCUUGAUGAACCAACAAGUGGACUUGAUAGUGCAGCUUCCUAUUAUGUCAUGAAAAGAAUUGCAAGCCUAAGCCUAAGGGAUGGCAUCCAAAGAACUAUUGUUGCUUCAAUCCAUCAACCAAGUAGUGAAGUCUUUGAACUCUUCCAUGAUCUCUGUCUUCUGUCUUCUGGUCAAGCAGUAUAUUUUGGUCAAGCGUCUCAUGCUAAUCAGUUUUUUUCUUCAAAUGGCUUUCCUUGCCCAGCUCUCCACAAUCCCUCUGAUCAUUACUUAAGGAUCAUAAACAAAGAUUUUGACCAAGAUGUUGAAGAAGGUUUUGGAUUCGGAGUUACUGCUGAAGUAGCAAUUGACAUCCUUGUAAAGUCUUAUGGAUCAUCUGAGAUUAAAAACCAAGUUAAUAAUGUAGUGGCAACAAUAACUGAAAGUAAUUCAGGAGCAGUUGGGAAGAAGAGGGUCAACGCCACAUUCCUCACUCAGUGCCUCGUUCUUAUGAGAAGAUCUUCGCUGCGAUUGUUUCGUGACUUGAGCAAUUACUGGCUGCUUCUUGUUGUCUUUAUUGCAGUAGCUAUUAGCAUGGGUUCCAUGUUCUAUAACAUUGGCUCAAGUAAUGGAUCAAUUCAAGGAAGAGGGUCUCUGCUUACUUUUUUGAUAUCAACUCUGGCAUUCAUGGCUCUUAUUGGAGGAUUCGCUCCAUUAAUGGAGGAAAUGAGGGUAUUUGAAAGAGAGAGACUAAAUGGUCACUAUGGUAUUAUUGCUUUUCUCACAGGCAAAAUAUUCUCAGCACUUCCAUAUAUGCUAAUGAUUUGUCUAAUUCCUGGAGGAAUAAUAUAUUACCUCUCAGGGCUGCAGAGAGGUUUAGAACACUUUGUGUACUUUGCUUCUGUUCUAUUUGCCAUUGUGCUUUGGGUUGAGAGCCUGAUGAUGGUUGUGGGGAGUAUGUUUCCCAAUUUCGUAACCGGCAUGAGCAUUGCCGGCGGAAUUCAAGGACUAACCAUCUUAACUGGUGGAUUCUACAGGCUGCCAAACGAUCUUCCAAAACCAUUUUGGAAAUACCCCUUUUACUACCUUUCUUUCCUUAAGUAUGCUUUCCAAGGAUGUUUCAAGAAUGAAUUUGAAGGCUUAAAAUUUUCCAUGGAAGAAGGUGGAAGUGCAAAAACCAUUAUUAGUGGUAGAGACAUUUUGACAAACACAUGGCAGGUGGAAAUGGGGCAUUCCAAGUGGGUUGAUCUUGCCAUCAUGUUUGGGAUGAUUGUUGUUUAUAGGGUUGUGUAUUUGGCUAUUACAAAAAGCAAGGAGAAGUUGAAACCUCUUGCUGCUUCCAUUAACAAUCACCCAACAAAAGUUUUCACCAGAGAGAUUAGAAUUAAUGAUAGAGCAAGCCCUGUAUCUGAAAACCAUGGUAUCUUAGAAUAA